GGUGCAAGACUUGUGUCAUGACGACGCUGUUGCCAACAUGGAAUCCCUAGAGUAUCACGAUGUCGUUGUCAUUGGAGCAGGGAUUGCGGGUCUCGAGGCUGCUAGAUCCCUUAGGAAACUUGACCCCUCGAUCAGCGUCCUCGUUGUUGAAGCUUCUGAUAGAAUUGGCGGUCGUGUGGAGCACAUUGAUGGGAUUGCACCCUACCAUAUCGAGCUUGGUCCGGAGUUCCUGCAUGGCGCGAACAACUCCUCGAUGUUCCAGCUUUCCAAAGCAAUGGGCUGCCGGCUUCAUGAGUAUGCCUAUCCGGACCGCUUCUACUUCGGUGCGGAAAGGCGUAUGGUGAAAAGAGAAGAACUGGAUGCAGAUGCGGAGGUGGCACGAGUGCAUGAACUGUUUGCUAACCUUGCCGAUGAGGCGAUAGAUCAGUACACCGGCGAGAACGACACCUCUGUUGCUGACUACUUGAGACGCAAAGGGGUCAAGGAGUCCAUGAUGAAGUUGGCAGACGCUCUCUACGCCAAUGAUUUCGGCUGUUCUUUGACGGAAUUGGGAGUUGCGGAAUGCAUUCAGGAGGCACGAAGCUGGAGUUUUGGCGACAGCUACUUUAUCCUGGACCGCCCUGUGAGUAGCAUAAUACAAUGGCUAGCAGAGGGGACUAACAUCCGGCUCUUGUGGCCUGUAGCGGCCAUCGACUACUCGCUCGAAAACGCUGUAAGGGUAGCGUCUGUUGAUGGACGUGCAUUGCAAGCCCGGCGGGUCAUUGUGACCGUGCCCAUUACUAUUCUCCGCGAUGGUGAUAUUCAAUUCUCGCCUGCACUUCCACUCGAAAAGCUGCGCAUGAUUCAGUCGAUAAACAUGUCGAAUGCGAUGAAGGUUGUCAUGGCCUUCUCCGAACGCUUCUGGCCAGAGGAUCUUUUCGAUGUGGUGUGCACUGAUUGCUUUUUGCCGGAGAUCUGGAUGACAUCCGCAACUCUUUCGCGUCCUGCACCACCUUCAUCUUCCUUGCGGUCGUUUUCACCAUUGCGCUGUCCAUCGUCGGCAAAUCUUGGAAAGGUCGCCGUCGUCGGUUUCGUUGCAGGGGAGAGAGCCAAGGAGAUGUCUCAAUUCUCACACGACAAAAUUUUCCGCAAAGCUCUUUCUCAACUAGACGAAAUGUUCGGUAAGGCAACAGACUGCGCCAUGAAACAAGACGAGGGAGAAGGGUUGGUGGAUCUGGAAGGCACCCACUCGUUGAAACGACGCGAUGACAGUGGCAAGUUAGUGACGGCGGGAACCCAGUUAAUGCAACAGGAUACGUCAUCGACAGCUCGCAUUCGGGAACAACAGACUGUUCAUGCCAGCCACUGUACUUCUGUAAGCAGGGCCGGAGAAGACUACAACAAAGAACAAGAAGAUGAAGAAGCCAGUGCUAUCGCCGACAAUCAUGGGGAGAUGGUGGGUGGUAGGCUGUGGAAGUUGCAGAAAAGCGAAACCAACUCGGGCAUCCACUUUUCACAAAGGCAUAAUCCUGCCUCCUGGCAUUUUGCAGGGGGGUUGGUAAAGGACUGGUCGAAGGAGCCAUUCAUUCGAGGGGGGUAUUCUCACCCCUCCAAAGGAGCGCAAGGGGCGCGUGCAAGCUUGACUAUGCCGGUUUUACAGAGACUCUUCUUUGCUGGAGAAGCAACACACGAAGGUGUCAAUCCCUGCCUUCAAGCGGCAAUCGACACCGGUAGAAGGGCUGCCAACCAAGUAUUUGAUUCGCUGAUUCAGAAACCAAUGUCGGAGGGAACCAGAAGCCGUCUUGGAUUCAAUGCAUGUUGAUUUCUCUCGUCAAAAAGUGAAAUAUGUCGUAUGCAGUACUAUGCACUGUUUACCUGCAGAAAUU